AUGUCGGUGGGGUUUGGCUUCUCUGUUGGCGACUUCAUAGCAGCCCUCGAGCUUGUCGGCACUGUGAUCGACGCCCUGCGCGAGUCCUCCGAGGCGACCUCGUCGAUGCGAUCGGUGAUCAACGAACUGUAUGCACUGGAAUCAGCACUAUUACACGUCAAGCGUCUUGAUACUGGGAUCAAUCAGAUCAAUCUGACCGCACUACGGCAAGCUGCCUCACAAUGUCAACUCACAAUUACCGAGUUUUAUAAGAAGAUCCAGAAGUACCAGGUCCAUCUUCAACGGGGCGGAACGAACUCGAGGAUGAAAGAUACGUGGAUGAAAAUCAAGUGGACAAUAUGCAAAAAGGACGAUGUCGACAAAUUUCGCGCCGAGAUCAGGGCCCAUACUUCGAGCAUUGAAAUCUUGCUCUUGACCGUGCAGAUGGACAUGACAUCGACUCAGAAUCAGACGCACACAUUACAGUAUAAAGGGCUUGCAAGUCUGAUUCAGGACUUCUCCUGCCAGGUCAUGGGUCGACUGAGUACGAUCACCAAUAGCCUGGCAGAUAGCAUCCAGCAAGGAAAAACACUCCUUGAAUCAAGCGCCCAGGUCGUGCAAGUCAACUUGCGUGUUUUUCAGAUCGUGCAUGAUAUCCAUUUAGCUAUCCUGAGAAUUCCAGGACAAAUUCAAAGACAACAACCGAUUUAUCUCAUUGAUCCUUUGAAUAGAGAAAGUCCAUUCCACCUGGAGUUCGUUAGAUCAACUGAGGCGCUUCUGGCCGUGCUCAAAUACAACCUUAAAAGCUCAGAAUGUGGUCCAGCUAUGAUCGAUCGAGGCGAAUUCGUGAUCGAAGAGGCAGGGACACAGAACCCGAUUGAUCUCACGGCGCCAUGGGAAGACUGUUUCUAUCCAGGACAGAGAGUUGCCAUGAGCAUGAUCUUCAAGCAGGACCAGAUGGAGCCUAGCACCACUUGCCCCCGGUGUCAUAGAGAACAUCAAGAGUCAGCUGGAAACGAUAUUACCUGCAUUACCUGUGGCACUGUCUUUCGUCGCAUUGAGGAAAUUGCAGAGCCAAACGAGAUAGCAUCCCCCAACGAUGACGGCAUCGAUGAACGAGAGCCCCCAGAAAAUACAUUGAAGAACCUCCGAAAGUUCCGGCGCGUCCAGCUCAUUACAACGCCAAUCAUUCAUCAAAUUCUACGCGAGCGCUCCGAGGAAGAAGACUCGCGUAUGAGUCUCACCUUUGAUGGAAUGAGGAUUGGACGUGCCGAUGAAAUCCGCCCUGAAAAAUCUAUCGCGCGCACGGCCGUCAACCCGUUUAUUCUGUCAAUACCACUCGCACGGAUGAUAGGAGACCUUCCCUAUAUCCUAUCCUUAACAGCUCUAACCGUCAACCCGUUUAUUCUGUUGAUGCCGCAGGCACGCGUGAUAGGGGAUCUUAUCAAUACUAUCAUAUUGCCGAUAGAUCUAGUCAUCGACCCGCUUACUAUGGGAUUCCUACGCGCACGGGUGACGCUGAAGGCCCAGUUUUAG